AUGCCACCAUCACACUGUCAUUACCAUCAUAAUUUUACAAAGCGUCUACCACUAAUGCUAAAAUAUUUACGCUUAACUCAAAUACCUAAACUUCAAUCAUUUGCCAUUAUACUAUCACUACUACUCGUCUAUUUCAUAUUUUUAAACGCUUACCACACUAAACCUAUCGAUCGCAACCAUUAUUCAUUACAAAAUCCUCGAGAACUUAAAGACAAUUGGCUUGAUAAAAAUGUAAAUACAUCAAUGUUGAAUGAACAUACAUAUCCACAAUUAUUGGAAUUAACUUCUGGCUGGAACCCAUAUUUAUCUUCUGAAUUAACUAUUAUUGCCAUAAUUGACAAACUUGAAAAUAUCGAACCACAAUUGAACUCUAUAUUCAAUCAAUCAAUAAUAUCAGCAAAUAUUAUAAUAGUUACGUCAAAAAGCAUUGUAAACAGAAUAGAACAAGUGCUUGAAGAGAAACAUAAUGAUUUUAUAAUAUCUAUACAUAUAAUGGAUACUGGUAAUAAAUUAAAAUUGUUAGGUUGGCUACAGCUUACACAACAUAUAAAAACGACUAAUGUGCUCCUUUUGGAUUCUGGUGUAAUACUUGGCAAUAAAUUUAUUUUGAACAUGCUCCAUGUUGCAAACACCAGUGAAUAUAGUAAUGCCCUGUUGGGAACUAUGGGUGCAUACGUUAAAGUUAAUGGUGGUUUGAGCACGAAAAACAAUGAUAAAAAAUCAUUGGUUUGCCUGGCAGAAAAUAAUAACAAUUAUCAUCAGGAUCCAACAUUGUUGGAUUCGGUCACCAAUUCUCAAAAGGUUGACAUGCUGACUAAUAUUUGGUUUUUCAAAAGACAAUGGAUUUCUACACUGUUUCAAGGACAAAAUAGAUUGGAUGUUAUGUCGAAUGGACUCCCCUUUGGUUUCUAUUUCACUUAUGCUCUCAAAUAUCACGCAAACAUACCUUCUUAUAUCCUACCUACUUAUGAAAAUGAUAAGGAGACUUGGGGUGACAAGAACUCAAUACAACAGAACACAUGUGAAAAUCUACAAUCAACCCUCAAAACGAAUGUUCCUUGGAACGAUCUUAUUGAACAUGGUUAUCCCGUAGUAUUCAAAGAAUCAUUGAAGAAAAAUAUGGAAUUGAACAGAAUGCUGUUUGUUAUUGAUGGUGAACAUCAGGAAAAAAUGUUUAGACCAUUAUUUUGCAGUUUAUCAGCGAUCAAGAAUAAUUCAGUAAACGUGGUGGUAACUGGUAGUUCAAGAGGGAUGUCUGCUUUGAAACUUAAAUCCAUUCUUUUGAAAAAUAAUUACUAUUCAAAAUGCAAAAAUUUAGAAAUUUAUGAUUUGGAUAUUAAGACAGAUUCUUACAAUGAUGAUAUUGAAUUGAAAAUUAAAGUUUUUCAUGGUGUUGGUAAGAUAAUGCAAUCUAUAAAACCAGAAGUUGUAAUUUAUUCUAAAAUUGAAAAAAAUGAAGUUGUUCAUGGAAUAACACUUGCAGCAAAUGAAAUCAAAAAUAUCACAAAAAUACAAUUACCUUUAGAUGAAAUCCAUCAUGCAAUAGAAAUUAUGACUGAUUUGCCAUUUGAAUCAUUAAAAAAGUGGAAUUUACCAAAAUUUCAAAUACAAAUACUUACACAAAGCCGACCAGAUUCUUUGAUGCGUCUUUUGACAUCAUUGAAUUCAUCGAUCUACUUUGGAGAUGAUAUUCCAUUAACAAUCAAUAUGGACAGAGGAGCAAUUAAUCAAACAAUAGAGCUUUCAAACACAUUUAAAUGGAUACAUGGUAUGAAGAAAAUUAGACACAGAGUGGUUCAAGGUGGCUUAUUGCCUGCUGUAGUUGAAUCAUAUUAUUCUUAUGAUUACAAUGAUUAUGCGCUUCUACUGGAAGAUGACAUUGAGCUAUCACCAUUUCAUUAUCUUUGGUCAAAAUACGCUAUUCUAAAGUAUAGAUAUGGACCAGAUAGAGCAUAUAGUAAAAGAUUGUAUGGUUUAAGUUUAUAUAAUCAGAAAAAUAUGGAACUUCCACUUCCUGGCCGCGCCAAAUUCUUUCCUGAAAGGGUGUUGGAAAAUACAAAAUAUGAUAUCAGAUCACCAUAUCUAUGUCAGGUUCCUUGUAGUUGGGGUGCAAUCUACUUUCCAGAAAUAUGGCGUGAAUUUCAUGAAUAUCUUGUUGCUCGAAUGGAUGAUGCCGACACUUAUAGACUUCAUAAUAUACGGGUGCCAUAUAGUCGAUCAAAUUUUUGGAAAAAGUCAUGGAAAAAAUAUUUAAUUGAACUGGUAUACCUUCGUGGCUACGUGAUGUUAUAUCCAAAUUUUAGUAAUUUCACCAGUUUCUCCACAAAUCAUGCAGAAUUUGGUGAACACAUUCAUUUCCGAGAAAAUAGACCUGAUCCAGGUUCCAUAUUUGGUGUGCCAUUGAUGCAAGAGAAUAUUAUUUUCCAGGAAUUGCCUGAUGGUCAACUAGCCAACUAUAAGGAAUUGCCUGUGAUGGACUUAUGGGGAAAUCUUACCACAUCUAAUGAAUUGGUAUAUCGUGGACAUCAUUUUCAAUCUAAUGUGUCAUCAUGUUCACCAUCUGACAAAAAUGAUGAACCAACAUUUGAUCCACACGAUCUGUUGUGCGUAGAUCCAGUUAAGAAGCGUAAAGCAUUGGCCAAGUUGCAUAAAUAUAAUAGAAAUUUGAAUAUCAUGUUGAGGGUUUUUCAAGUGGUUGAAAAUUAUGCAGAAAAAAAUAAAAAGAAAAUGGGACCAAAGAGAUUUAUAAAGACUUUUUUGAAAAUAUUGAAUGGAACAUACGUCCCACCGCCCACCAAAUUCAAAUAA